GCUCUGGGAUGGCUCCCGUGGGAAUUCCUUCCCUCAUCCCUGCCCCAUCCGUUCCCCACCCGUGGGAUCCGCAGCCCCCCCAGCUUUGCUCGUUGUUCCCGGAGUUUUUCCCGGUUCUUUCGGGGCUGCUCGCGGGUUCCGGGCUCCUGCAGGGAUCCUGGCUCGGAGCUCCGUGCUCCAUCCCAAGACCUUAAGCCCCAGCGCUAAUCCCGCCAGCUGCUGCCUAAAUCUCCUGGGUUUUUUUGGGUUGUUUUCCUUGUUUUUCCCUCUGGAUCUGGAUUCCCAUGGUUUUACGCUCAGGAAUUUGGUGUUUCCCGUUUCUCAGCUGGUUUUUGGGCUUCAGCUUCUCUUUGCCUGGGAUUUCUCCAGGCACUGAGGAACAGUGGAUCUACCCAGGGACCCCCAGCUCCAGGGGAAAGGGGAUUCCUGUGGGAUUAUCCCAGGGAAUUGCUCCCUCCUAUGGAAUUGGGAGCAGGGAAGCCCUUCCUCGCCGUGGGGUUGAUCAGGGGAGCCCUGCUCCGUCAGGAUGGGGGGAUUGGGCCGUGCCCUGCUGCUGGAGGGUGCUGGGGGCCAUUCCCUGUCCCGGGAAUCCCGGGAAUCCCGGCUGCUUUUGGGAUCCCGUUAUCUCCUGCCGUGCUUUGCUGUGGCUCCUUCCCCCGGCCUUGAGGGCCUGGAAUCUCCGGGGUGGCCUUGGCGUGGGUGAGGCGGAAAAUCCCUCUGGAUCCGUGACCCCAGAGCCUGUCUGGGACAGGAGGAGCCGGGCUCAGGCUGUGAUCCAGGACUGCGGGACAGGGAUCCCCUCGUCCAUCCCGCCCUGCGUGCCGAGGGGCCGGAUCCGCCGCGUCCCCCUGCUGAGUGGCAGAAGGAGCCUGGCUGUCCCAGGGGGCGGUUUGGGGGGCGCUGCACACCCCCAGCCCCCCGUGACGCGUCCCCCCGCCGUGUCCCCCCAGCUGCAGGCGCAGAAGCUGCGGCUGGCCCACAGCCGGGGCCCCUUCUACAGCGGCUCCCUGCCCAACGUCAACCAGCUCGGCACCGGCGCUCCCGACUUCCAGGGCCCGUCGCCGCUGGAUUCCACGCGGAGCACGCGGCACCACGGGCUGGUGGAGCGCGUGCAGCGGGACCCGCGCAGGAUGAUGUCCCCGCUGCGCCGCUACGUCCGGCAGAUCGACAGCUCUCCCUACGGACCCACGUACCUGUCACCUCCGCCUGAGCCCAGCUGGAGGAGGACCAUGCCCUGGAGCAAUUUCCCCAUGGAAAAAGGACACUUAUUCCGGCUGCCCUCAGCUCUCAACAGGACGAAUUCGGACUCGGCGCUGCACACGAGCGUGAUGAACCCCGCGCCCCAGGACGCCUACCUGGGCCCCUCUCAGGCCGGACCCCCCCCCGGCCGCCGUGCUGGUUUCCUGGACGGGGACUCGGACAGCAAAGUGUUUCUUUUCCAAGUGCCUCCCAUCGAAGAGAACUUCGAUGACAACAAGCACUCGCUGAAGCCCUGGGACACCAAGAAGCUCUCGUCCUCCUCGGCCCGGCCGCGCUCCUGCGAGGUCCCGGGAAUCCACAUAUUCCCAUCCCCGGAUCAAGCUGCCAACGUGCCCCUCAUGCCCUCGGCCCUCAACACGGGGGGGUCCCUGCCCGACCUGACCACGCUGCACUUCCCGUCCCCCCUGCCCACCCCCCUGGACCCCGAGGAGGCCCCGUACCCCCCCCUGAGCGGGGGCAGCAGCACCUCCAACCUGGCCACCACCAUGACCCACCUGGGCAUCAGCGGCACCGGCGGCGUGGGGCUGGGCUACGACCCCCCAGGACUCCCCUCACCUCUGCAGAGCUCCCUGAGUAACCCGUCCCUGCAGUCCUCCCUGAGCAACCCCAACCUGCAGGCCUCCCUGCGCAGCCCCUCCCUGCAGGCCUCCCUCAGCAACCCCUCGCUCCAGUCCUCCCACAGCAGCUCCUCCAUCCCCUCCUCCCUCUCCAACCAGUCCCUGCCUUCCUCCCUGUCCUCCUCGCUCUCCAACCCCUCGCUGCCCACGUCCCCCCGCAGCCAGCCGCUGCAGUCCUCGCCCAGCAACCCCAGCCUGCCCUCGGGGCUGGGCGGCUCCUUCGCGGCCACCUCGCCCCGCCGGCGCGUCCCGCUCAGCCCCCUGUCCCUGCCCGUGGCCGGCGACUGCAGACGGCAGCACCCCAAACAGUUCUCACCAACAAUGUCACCCACAUUGUCCUCCAUCACCCAGGGCGUCCCCCUGGACACCAGCAAGCUGCCGGCGGAGCAGCGGCUGCCGCCCUACCCCUACGGCCAGCCGGGAAUGCUGCUGGGCUCCCAGCCCCCCCCGCGGGCCCCCGCGCCCCCCCAGCCAGGCGACUCCCCCCCGGGGCUGUCCAAGGAGAUCGCCACGGCGCUGGCGGGGGUCCCGGGCUUCGAGGUGGAGGGGGGGUCUCUGGGGGGGCUGGGGGGGCUGGAGGAGGAGCUGCGCAUCGAGCCGCUGACGCUGGACGGGCUGAGCAUGCUGAGCGACCCCUGCGCGCUGCUCACCGACCCCGCCGUGGAGGAUUCCUUCCGCUCCGACCGCCUCCAGUGAGCCCGGGCCGGCUC